GCUGGAGCUAUGCCGCAUCGGAGCUUCAGAACUGGGAAGGUGGGGCAUGCAAGGCCCACCCCGCCCGCCGCAGCUUGGUCCCUUGGCGUGUUUUUACCGCCUUUUUUUUCUGAAGCAUUUUUUUUUUGUCUUUUCUGCCCACCACUUUCACAGCCUUGCUAUCUGCGUCGCAUCCCGAGAAACUUUUUGGGGACGUUUACCCAAACUUGAAGCUACCACAUCUAGACUAAAAUCCGAUCGCCAAUUGACUGUCGACAGAAUGUUGCGGCAAAUCAAGCCGCGGAACGCCCGCUCCAAGCGGAUCCUGGAGAAGAAGGCCCCGAAAGUCGUCGAGAACCCAAAGUCCGCCCUUUUCCUCCGCGGGACGAGCUGCAGCCAGGUGGUGCAGGACGCCCUUGCCGACAUCUACUCGAUGCGCCAGCCCCUGGCAAAAAAGUUCACAAAGAAGAACGCAGUACACCCGUUCGAAGACCCGGCCUCGCUGGAGUUCUUCUCCGAGAAAUGCGACACAAGCCUCCUCGUCUUCGGGUCCAGCAGUAAAAAGCGCCCGCACACGCUGACCCUGGUGCGGAUGUUCAACCACAAAGUCCUGGACAUGCUGGAGUUGUGUCUCGACCCCGACUCCUUCAGGCGCAUCUCGCAGUUCAAGACGUCCAAGUUCACCGUCGGCCUGCGCCCGAUGAUGGUCUUCGCGGGCGCCCAGUUCGAGAGCACGGUGCAGAACGAGUACACGGCUGCUAAGAGCCUACUUCUGGAUCUGUUCCGCGGCGACAGCAGCUCGGACAAGAUCGACGUCGAGGGUCUCCGCUACGUCAUCGUCGUAACCGCAGAGGACGCGCCUGCCGUUGCAGGGAGUGGCGAUGCCGUGAAGCCCGCGGUCAAUCUGCGCGUCUACAUGAUCCAGACCAAACGCAGCGGCCAGAAGCUGCCCCGGGUCGAGCUGGAAGAGAUUGGUCCGCGGAUAGACCUGAGGCUAGGUAGGGUGCGCGAGCCUGACCAGGGCGUUCUGAAGGAGGCCAUGCGGAGACCCAAGACGACGGAGGAGAGGACCAAGAAGAACAUCUCGACCGACGCCAUGGGCGACAAGAUGGGACGUAUCCAUUUGGCCAAGCAGGAUUUGGGCGACCUCCAAACAAGGAAGAUGAAGGCGCUCAAGAGAGAUCGGGGAGAGGCCGACGGGGAGAAGCAACCAUCAUCUGAGGAUGCGGCGCGAUCCAAAAAGAAGUUGCGAAAGGCUUGAGAGCGCUAUUUCUUAAUCAACUGCCCCCUUUACCUUCUGUGGACAUAUCCCUCCAUCUUCUACCUACCUACGUAUGCAUAUGUGACCGCAGAGUAGUUGCGGCCCUGAUGUUGGACGCCACGAGCUCCAUCAUAGAACACGGGCGUAGGAAACACGGUCCUUGCUAGUUCCUGGCAAGCGUGUCGGUGAUAAUUUCAAACCCAAAAAAAUGCAUAUUUUGAAAAUCUCCGACGCCACAAUGUAGUAGGGCCUGCCCUGGGCCUCCUGUUAUCGCAAG